UUUCUAUCUAUAAUAAAGAAACAAACAAGCAAACAAAGUAAAAGAAAGAAUAAAUUAAUUAAUAAUAUUAGAAAGGUUGGUUGUUAGAACAUUAUUUAUAUAAUUAAGUAUUUAUAUAGCACCACUAAAGCAAAAUAUUAAGUAUUCUUAGAAUAUAUACGUUAAAAGCAGCUAAUUCAGAUAAUCUGGAAAACUAAAGCAUAAUUUAUUCCUAUUUACAAUUAUAUGAGUACAAAAAAUAGUUAGUUGAGGGAGUCUUUUUACAAAAAUGCCAAAUAAGCUGCUAAUAUAAAACAACCAACUUAAGAUAAUCAAGCUAAAGUGCCAUUUAAUUACUCUCAAUAAAAAAAGGCUUCUUAUAAAGAUUUAAGCCCUUCUUCUGGUGUUAAUCUUAGCACAUAAUUUUUUAAUAAUCCUUAUAAUUCAACUAAAAAUAGAGCAAACAACAGAAGCAAUAAUAUAUCACCACUUAAUAGAUUUAUUUCUCCAAAAGUGAAUGGACCUUAAGACUGCAAAAUUGGAUAAAAAAGAGCAUAAUCUAGCUGUAGACCAUCAAUAAAUAAUCAAAAUAACUAUGAUGGGAGCUAAUUCAGUAUUUUAGAUUAAUUUAAGAUGUCUCCAUAAAUGCCGUUAAAUUUAGGAAGAUCUUAAGAAUUAUAACAGAUUCAUAUGCAACAGCCUUAAAAUAAUUAAAGCUAAAAGAGGAAAAUAAGGAUGCUAAGACAGAGCAUUGGUUCUAGAUAAGCCACAAGGCAUGAUGAACCAGUAGUAGAAGAUUUUGAAUAUAUAAAUAAUUCUAGCAAUAUAAAUACAAAUUUUAAUUUUAUGGAUUAAACACCUGUAAGUAGAAAAUCAUAACAAAGAAAAGAUAGCACAAAUCAAAAUUAACAGAGGAUACCCAACUAUUCCUAAAUGUAUAGUAAACAUAAUGCACCACCUUAAAUUAGUCCUAAUAAUAUAGGAGAUGCAUACUUCAAAAAUUCAGUUUUUUAAUCAAAUACACCAAUAAGUGUGAUUACUCCGAGCUCAUAUGGGAAUCACAUAAAUCAAAAUAACCCCUAAAAUCCAGUGAUAAUUAAAAAUAGCAUAAACAAUAUUUCUGUUUAAAUUGGGAAUUGUAACGAUAUGAAUCAUUCUUUUAAAUUAUCAAACAAACACUCUAAGGACAUUGUUAAUGAUAACUAAUUAUACGAUUUUAAUCUUGAAAAUAUGGACUCAUCUUGCUUACCAACAGAAUAGGUAUGCAGAAUAGAUACAAAUAUUAGUGAUGACAGAAUAAAUACAUAAACAACAAAUAAAGAAUUAAUGAUUAAUAGAAAUAAUAACAAUAAUAGUAAGAGUUUUGAAUAAAAUUCCAAUUCUUAGGAUGAGAGAUAAACAAGGAUAUAUGCAUUACAAAAUUAUUUAAAGAAUACAUAAACUACAAAAUAUUCUCGUAAUUAAAGAAGAAGUGUUGCUCAUUCAUCACAUGCAGCUAAUUAAGUAAAAUAGAUUGCUGAAAAUAACUUAAUGCACUCCGAAAGUAAGCAAUCUAAGAACUCAACUACAGUUUCUAACUUAAAUACUAACAAUAUCACUAAAAUUUCUGAUGAAAAUCAAAUCCCUGAAUAUCAACAAACGAUAAAAAAAUAAUUAAAUUGUAUAUAAGUUUGUGACCCAUCUUCUGCAAAUAUGAUGGGUGCUACUGCUGCUCCCAGAAAUAAGAGUCCUAUGCCUUAAAAUUUAUUUUAAAAAUUUGACUAAAACAUUUAAAUGCUUGGUAAAACAGAUCCUUGCAACUUAAAAGUCAAUAAAAACGAUAAAAAUAUGAAUGGCUUAAUUGAUCCUACACUAAACAGUAAAUAAGGAAACAGCGGAUUUAAUAAAUAAAACUAAAUUAAAGGAGAUUAAUCAACCGUUGUUCCCUAUAUGAGCUAAUAAAUACCACAAAUUCCUCAAGAAAUAAAUAAUUAGGAUGUAGAAGAAUUACAUUUCCAAUUUGUUGAAUUUUAACAAAAAUGUAAAGAAUGGCUUAAAAAAAUAGAAAUUUGA